GAGGAUGGAACUUGGUGAAACUGGGCCGACAUUCUGCUAAUCGAUGAAACAUCUGAUAUCAAUAUAUUUUUCUGUUCCCAAACCUAAAAUAUGUAACGAAAACAGUGCACUAAUUUGUAAAGACUUGACGGUUUGCCAAAGUUAGUUUUUUUUAGAAGGAGCGCAAAGUCGAAUCGAAUUUGUGCACAAGCACAUUUCACAGAGGCGUUCCCUAACAUAAAUAUACAAAUACACGCUACAACGCACCAAUAGGAUCUCGAUCGUUUGUGGUUGGCUUUGCCCACCUCCUUGCUUGUUCUGCACACUACGCUUCAUUUCCUCCCACUGUUAUUGACACAGAUGAACUUUCUUGGGAUGGGAAACUUCACAUCCUUCAGCUCAAGUGGUCUGUCAAGCACAACAGCAUGUGGUCAGUUUCUACAGGAGGUGGUGUCUCAUAACUGCAUUGUCAUAUUUUCCAAGACCACUUGUCCAUAUUGCAAAAUGGCCAAAAAUGUAUUCAAUGAAAUUGGUGCUACAUACAAGGUGAUAGAGCUGGAUGAACACAAUGAUGGAAGACGACUACAAGAGGCCUUGGCGCAGAUGACCGGUGCCAGAACAGUUCCGAGGGUCUUCAUCAAUGGAAACUGCAUUGGAGGAGGCUCUGACACAAAGGAACUACACCAGAAGGGAAAGCUGCUGCCUCUGAUAGAACAAUGUGCCCCGUGCUGCGUGAAAAUUAACACUGAAGGCUCGGGCAGCGGACAGUUCGAGUCCACCAAAUGACUAACCGUUCUAAUUCUCACUGUAAUUUAUCCUGUGUUUAUUUAAUGUUUCCUCGACUUUGUGUGAUACAUUAUAUCUAUCUAUCUAUCUAUAUCUAUCUAUAUGGGUUCUAUGUGGUUUAUUUACCAAGAUGCACACUUGUUAUCGUCACCCUUCGUCUACAUUCAGGGAAUGUACAGUAUUUUAAUUAAUUAAAUCAAAUCAAAUGUAUUUAUAUAGCCCUUCUUACAUCAGCUGAUAUCUCAAAGUGCUAAACCCAGCCUAAAACCCCAAACAGCAAGCAAUGCAGGUGUGGAAGCACAGUGGCUAGGAAAAACUCCCUAGAAAGGCCAAAACCUAGAGAGGAACCAGGCUAUGAGGGGUGGCCAGUCCUCUUCUGGCUGUGCCGGGUGGAGAUUAUAACAGAACAUGGCCAAGAUGUUCAAAUGUUCAUAAAUUACCAGCAUGGUCAAAUAAUAAUAAUCACAGUAGUUGUCGAGGGUGCAGCAAGUCAGCACCUCAGGAGUAAAUGUCAGUUGGCUUUUCAUAGCCGCUCAUUAAGAGGAUCUCUACCACUCCUGCUGUCUCUAGAGUUGAAAACAGCAUGUCUGGGACAGGUAGCACGUCCGGUGAACAGGUCAGGAUUCCAUUAAACUCCACAAUCUUUUAACGGAGGACUGUGCCUAAUUAUGUGUAUGCCUGUGAAGUAAGAAAUACAUGAACUGGUUUAACAUGGUACUGGUUAAAAUUAUGGUAGCGCUUCAUAAUAAAAGAAACAAUGUGUUACUUGUUACAA